AUGGAACCUCCUUCAUACGAAGAGUCCACUCUCCACCCUCCUGCUCGGAAUAUUCAAGAACUGUACACCCCACCUCCCCCCUCCUACUACGCCUCCCUCUCCUCCCCCUCCACGCCUCCACCCACCUACGUAGAAGCAGUUAGGAUUCAGCGGGAUCCAUUUCCCGUCCUGUCUCUUCCCUCUGUCCCCACGUCUGUGACCUCAACUCCCCGAAACACUGGAAACAUAAUCCAUCCAACCACACAAGUCGGUGCAAGACAGACUGUGAACAGCAGCCAAACCCAGCCGCCGCCGGUCCGCAUCACACCGUCGCAUCUGACACGGAAGCCCGGCUUGGUGCGCUGCCCACACUGCCGGCGAACUGUUACCACUAAGGUCAAGUACCAUCCUAACAAGGAUGCCUGGGGCCUGUGUCUACUUCUGGCAGUGAUGGGGCUGGUCUGUGGUUUCUGUCUGAUCCCGCUCGUUGCAUGUGGACUACAAGACUCAUAUCACUCCUGCCCAGAGUGUGGACACCAUGUGUUCACUUACAAACGACCAUAG